AUGGACGACUCCACCAUACUUAAACAUGCCCAACGAUUGCGCCGCUCACGUUACUCGGCACGACCCUUCGCCCUCACCAUCCUCGCCAUCUCCCUCAUAUCACUGCUAGCAUGGGCCAGGUCGCAAGUUACCCACGGCAGCGCCCUUGGUGGCGCGGUACACAAGAGGGACUUGUCCAUCAAGGACGAAGAGUGCCGCCUUGUUCACCGCGCCACAGACCAAUGCGCCUUUGUGCGCGCAAACUGCCCCGAUGAAGAAGCCGGCGUCAUAUCCUACCUGACCCUUUACUACUGCCGUCUCCCGCAUGCGAAACCCGUUGCCUUCGUCCUCAUGACACUCUGGCUCGCGCUCCUCUUCAGCACCAUUGGCAUCGCCGCGAGCGACUUCUUCUGCGUUAACCUCAAUACCAUUGCGCGCAUGCUGGGCAUGAGCGAGAGCUUGGCCGGCGUCACACUGCUCGCCUUUGGCAAUGGCAGCCCCGACGUCUUCUCCACAUUUGCCGCCUUCCGCACCCACGCUGCAAGUCUGGCCGUAGGCGAGCUCAUCGGUGCUGCAUGUUUCAUCACGGCUGUGGUCUCGGGCUCCAUGGCUCUAAUUCGCCCCUUUCAAGUCGCGCGCAAGAGUUUUGUUCGCGAUGUUGGUUUCUUUCUCAUUGCAGCGGCCUUCAGCAUGGGCUUCAUCGUUGACGGGAAACUGCAUCUGUGGGAGUCUGUCACCAUGGUAGCCUUUUAUCUCUUCUACGUCGCCUUCGUUGUGGGCUGGCACUGGUGGCUCAACUUGAGAAAGGCGCGACGGGCGAGGGCGGCCGCCAUCAGGAGCCACUAUGUCACGCCCGGCGGCGAAGAGGAGGAAUUUCCAGAAUACCAUGACGAUGAAAUUAGCGCUGGUAGCAGGACCCCAGGCUACGGCGUAUCCAUUGACGACUUUUCCAUGCUUGAACGCGCAGGCGGCGACAAUAUCAUAGAUGACGAUGACAAUGAGGAAGAGCGCGAACGCUGGAUGGGCGAGUUGACCAACAAUAUGCGCGUCAAUCGCCCAAGCAUGUCGAGGCGCAAUACUCACACACCCAUCCGUCCGAGUUUGGUGGGAGCCUUGGAGUUUAGAGCGGUACUCUCCUCCCUGCAAAAGUCGCGCAACAUCCAGUCCAUGCCAAUCAGCUUGCGACGAUAUUCUGACGACCCUACCUAUACGACUGCCCAACAGCAAAACUACAUCUCACAAACAGCAGGUCCCGCGAAUCGACCUCCAUUCCAUGUGAACCCAACUGCUUCCAACGCCUCGCUGCAUGUGACCCGACCAAAUCUCGACAUCCAGCAGAGCCUAGGCAAUCGAGCGCGAGCUGUUUCCACAAACGACAUUGACAAUGUCCGACUACAGUCAAGCACGCUGCAGGGACAUGGCGUACCUGACAUUACCUUUGCAUCCGCCACUCCCAACAAACCCAACAGACUGCUGGAAGCGCCUCCGUCGCCGACCAUCUCGUUGUCUCCGCCAGCUUCCCGCUCUUCCAGAGCACCAAGUCCUGCCGCACCGAGAGACAGGCUUCCCUCACCUAACAGGCUGGCGCCCCCAGGCUCCGAGGACCAGGCUCCCCUCCGUGCAGUCACAUCAUCACCAAGCCCCCGCUCGAGUCCAGUAACAGAACCCGAUGCUCGUCCUCAACCACCUAGUUUGAAGCUGACUGUACCGGAUGCCACUUCUCCGCCGAUACCAUUUCCGCCUUAUACCGAUUAUCCUUGGUCGGCGCAAUCCGUUUCUAGACCCCAGAGUCUACGUCUGCCUUCGCCGAGCGCGUCACCCGAGUCUACCUACUUCCCACGAGAUCCUUUCGGUCAUGUCGAAGCAGCCAGAAUGCCAAAAUGGUGGCCCUCAAGCCUUCUACCGACUCCAUACGUUCUGGUUUCCACUCUGUUCCCGACAUUGACCAAUUGGUCGGACAAGAAUAUUUUCGACAAACUUUUGGGACUUGUUGCAAGUCUACCUGUCUUCUUGCUUACCAUUACGCUCCCAGUUGUCGAGCCGCAAAAGGAUGAGAACGAUGGAGGUCAGGCGGAGCUUUCUUUAGAUUUCGGUCUACCACCUGCGGCUACGCCGCAUAGUGGAAGCAUGGACUCGCAUACUCGCAGCGUGUCACUCGUUUUACCACUAGAAACACCUGCUGACAUGGGCUUAUCAAAGUCGAAACUGUCCACAAGUCUUCCUUCUCGACAACCCAAUGGUGGAUCGUUCAGCACGACCACCAGCCAACCGCCACCGCAGGUGUACAUUACGGAUUCCGACACUGUGGCGCAAUCACCCGAGCAACUUCCCACGAUUCCUACACCUAUCGAGCCAAGACAAUGGAACCGCUGGCUGGUGAUCGUGCAAGUGUUUACAGCCCCCUUCUUCCUCGUCCUUGUCCUCUGGGCAAACAUUGAACCCGACAACCCACGUGUUUUGCUUCGUCACACGCUCUACGCUCUGGUCGUCUCGCUCAGCGUCCUUGCCUUUAUCCUCUUCACCACCACGCCAAACCGCGCGCCAAAUUGGCGCUCAGCACUCUGCUUUCUCGGGUUUGCCGUCGCCAUUGCUUGGAUCAGCACCAUUGCCAACGAAGUCGUUGGUGUUCUGCGCACCCUGGGUGUUAUCCUCAACAUGUCCGACGCCAUUCUCGGUCUGACCAUCUUCGCGGUUGGCAAUUCACUUGGUGAUCUCGUCGCCGACAUUACCGUUGCACGGCUCGGAUUCCCUAUCAUGGCCCUCUCGGCCUGCUUUGGCGGCCCGAUGCUGAACAUCCUACUCGGCGUAGGGUUGAGCGGAUGCUACAUGAUCAUCACCAAGGGCGAGCACCGCCAUGAAAAACACCCAGAUCAGUCGGUUCAUUUCAGACCCUACCAUAUCGCUGUGAGCACAACCUUGGUGAUAUCAGGAGCGACUCUGCUUGUAACACUCGCUGGGCUUCUUGUUGCCGUACCGAUGCGCAAGUGGAGAAUGGACAAGAUUAUCGGGUGGGGUUUGGUCGCGUUAUGGUCUCUAAGUACUACUAUAAAUGUAAUUGUAGAAGUACUAGGUUAUAGUAGUGACGUUAGUUAG